UGUUUUGAGUCUAGACCUGGGUUUUUAGGCUUGUAAGAUUCCGAAUUUGCUUACUUAUGUCUCUACAGGCUGAAAGGAGGAGGAAGCUUGGGUUGCCACCCGAAGACCCUGCAGCAGCUGUAAAACCCCCCACACCUGUUGUGGAGGAAAAAAAGAGUUUGUUGCCUGUAAGGCCUGCUACAAAGGCUGAGCGCAUGAGAGACUGUUUACGAUCUCUCAAGCAAAAUCACAAGGACGAUGAUGCCAAAGUGAAGAGGGCAUUCCAGACCCUCCUAACUUACGUGGGAAAUGUUGCAAAGAAUCCGAAUGAGGAGAAGUUCAGGAAGAUUCGACUCAACAAUCCAUCAUUUCAGGAGAGAGUUGGUAGCGUAAAAGGGGGAAUUGAGUUUCUUGAACUCUGUGGAUUUGAGAAAAUUGAAGGUGGUGAGUUCGUGUUUCUUCCAAGGGACAAAGUUGACAUGGCAGUGCUAAACUCAGCUGGGUCUGAGUUAAACUCUGCGAUCGUAAAUCCUUUCUUUGGUGUUCUCUGAGGUAGGGGACAUCUCUCGUUGCAAGAGGUCUUUUGUGUUAUUUGGGCUCGGAAUAUGCAGAACGGAUAGUUGAAUCUUAAAAAUGAAUCAGUUAAGGACUUUUCAGGUUUAAUGCAUACUUAUGGGUGGAUGAUUUAGGGCUUUGGUUUAAGGAUCAUUGUUGCCCUUGCAGUUAGAACAUUGUAUGUUAAAAGUUAAAUCUUGACAA